ACGACCUAUCGGGUCCGACCGGAAGUACGAAUUCGAUAUUCUGUGAAUUAAAUCCGGUCAUUUAUGGCCUCUAAUGGGUUUGGUUAAGUGUAGGCUAGGAUGGCCCAUUUGUUAUUUGAUACAUUAUCUGGUGUGACCGUAGACAACCAAACGGCUCUGACAGUUCAGUCCCUUCUAGACUCUCAGAAUUUAUCCAACGAAGGUUUACCUGGAACGACAAUUGUUGCUUCUCGUCCACCAACUGCAAUUACUUUGGAUGAAGAAGAUGUGUUCCAAUGUGGCAAGUGCAAAAAGCAGUUCACUUCAUUCUCUCUGUUCAUGAACCAUAAGAAGGAGCAUGUUAUCUCAAAACAUCUUGCAGGUUCUCUAGUGAAGCAGUCGGUGGAAGGCGGUUUAUCACUGUCAUUAGAUGGGGGUCAGCAAGAAGCAGAUGAACAAGGUGGAAACACCUAUACGCACACACUGCAGGAACGUGAGGUGGGGCAGCCCAUCAUUCUGAGUGAUUCUGACAUCCUGAGCUUCAGCAUUGACCAUGGUGCCCUCAAUAUCAGCACUGGAUCACAUGUUCUUCCUUCCCUGUCACAUGUAAUCCAGACUGGAACAUUUCUAACUUCCUCUGGAGAGUCAAGCAGUUCACUGAAAUCUCUUUCGGGAGUUGAGACAGGAAGUAACCUCAACGUGACAACACUUGAAGGCCAGCCAAUCAUUCUUACUGAGGGGUCAUUUGUAGCUUCAGGUAGCUUCCAGCAGGAACAGCCACCAGAUGCAGAGCUCAGUGAUGGUAGUGGCAAGAUUGUGGAGUUUAACAGCAAUGCAGAAAGUAACCUGGAGUUCCUAGACACCACGACAGGCACUGUGGAAUUCAAGACGCAGGCCAUUGUGACACAGCAGUCCCAGCCCACAACUGGGGAUGUAGAACUUUUGCUCAACAGUGUGGUGGAGUCACAAACACCACAGCCUAUAAAGGUGGAGGAUAGCUCUGACAUUCAACCUUCAACAACCAAAACUCUUAAGUUGAGAUGUAAGUACUGUAGCAAGCAGUUUGCCAAGAACUUUGAUAUGCAGCAGCACAUGCGGAGCCACACGGGUGAGAAACCCUUUCAGUGUGUUGUAUGUGGACGUGCCUUCUCACAGAAAUCUAAUGUGAAGAAGCACAUGGCUACACACAAAGUCUGGCCUCAAGGUCUCAACCAAACACUCCCCAAAGAACCUCUCCAACCUGUUUCCAGGAAAGAUGAUGUUGCAGGAAUGUCUGAUAAGGACUCAAACCCUAGCAACUCAGAAGUGGAGCUGAUGGUAGACCGAGCUUACGUGUGCCAGUACUGUUCUACAAGGUUUGACUCCUAUUUUGAACUCAGGACCCACAUGAAGCUGCACUCACAUCAGAAGGUCUACAAAUGUAUCCAGAAAAACUGUCAGCAGACAUUUACUGACCUGGACACAUUUGUAAGUCACACACGAGUUCACUCAAGUGAAGUGUUGUAUCGAUGUCAUGUCUGCAGUAAGCAGUUCCACACAUUAGCAGACCUGGGAAUUCAUCAGUACAGCCACAGCACCAGGGCUGCACCUCCCAAAGUAGGCAGCAGAUUUUUUCGUUGUAUGAAGUGCAAAAGCAGAUUCUCAUCUCCUGAAUCACUUGACCAUCACAUGGCUAUUAGUACUCACAGUUAUCCAUGCGCACACUGUGGGAAGGUGUUUGCCUGUGAACGCUACCUGCGAAGACAUCUUCCUACACAUGGGACAACACAGUCUUACACCUGCCAGCAGUGUGGCAAGGGCUUCCGCACUGAGCAAUACCUAAACACGCACAUGCUCACACAUAGUGCAUACAAACCUCACGUUUGCCAGCAUUGUCCUGCAGCUUUUAAUCGCAAGGACAAGCUUGUGAGGCAUUUGUUGAUCCAUCAGUCAGUAAAGAAGUUCAAGUGUCCAUUCCGCUCAUAUUUGGGUUGUCCCAGGGAAUUCAAUAGACAGGAUAAACUGAAGCUUCACAUACUGACGCAUAGUUCAGUGCGUCCAUCCCUACAGUGCAGGAUAUGCAACAAGACAUUCCAACGUCAGGCACAGCUACGUCAACAUGACAGAACACACCACCAAGGAGCACCUCACACAUGCCAUAAUUGUGGCAUUGGCUUUAAGAAGAAGAUGUCACUAGCAGCACAUGAAUGUGACCAUUCGCAGGGACAUGUGGAUGAAACUGAAGUUAUACAGGAAAGUAGCGUGCAACAGUACCAAGUCCGAUCGCGGCUACAACAGGUGGCAAGGAGAGGUAUCCGAAAGGCCAAACUGAGAGGGCGGAAUAAACGAGACCAACAGUCGGAGGAGACCAACAAGACAGGGGACAAUGUUCCUACCAUUGAGAUCAUUGUGAUGCCUGUUCCAGUCUCAUUAGAACAGCAUGCUGCAAGUCAUAGCAACAGCAGUGCUGAUGUCAGUGGGAGUGGGAGGGGGAGCAUGUAUCAUUUUUAA